CGCGCAGCUGUUGUCAGUAGCCUGUCUCCAAAACAAACAAUAGUCACUGAGCAGCGGGUCUAUUUACCUUUUGACAUUUUCCACAACAUUAUAAUUACCGGUAGUUCUCUUCGGAAAUUGUCACCUGAAGUUAAUGAUGAACUGACUGCUCAUAGGAGGAGCUGUUUUUAAUGGAGUGACAUUUAAUUGCAGGAGAGAUAAGUGAAAUAAGUUAAGGAUCGGUUCGAGAGUUGAACCUCCUCGACGGAGAGACAUUGGGACAACACUCACGUCUUCCUUUAGUGUUAAAAAACGCUUUUUUUUUUUCUCUCUCAUAACGCGUCGCCAUGACCAGCUACAUUAAGGGCAUCUACGGUUAUAUAAGACCGGGCUCUGAUGUGAAUUCUGCUGCUCCAUCUAAUCCGUCCAAUCCUAGUUUACCUACUAGUCCUAAUCAUAGUCCUCCUGAGAGUCCUGUAUCAUCAUCAGAAGGUCAACUUGAAACACAGCUGCAGCAACAGCAACCACAACCACCACAAGGGUACUUGAGUAGAGCAGUUUCUGGAGUAGCAUCAGGGAUAUACACUGUAGGGUCAACCACUGUAGGUGCUGGUGUAACGAGUGUCAAAUGGGUUGCAGGAACAACAUACAAUGUUGGUGCAGGAGUUGUUGGAACAGCUGGAAGUGUUGUUGGAGCUGCUGGAUCUGUCGUGGCAGGCACAGCAGGGGCAGUUGCUAGCUCAGUUGGGAGUGGUGCCUCUGCAGUUAUUUCAAAAGUUACCACAAAAAAAAAGGAACACACCGAUUAACCUUUUUAUAUAUAUUCAUAUUCUGUUGGUCUAUUUUUCCUGAAGUUGCUGUGGAUAAAACAAAACCUGCUUGGGAUAAAUUGCUGUUUGAUUCCCAACUUUCCCCCCAGUAUUUCAUUGGGCUUCUAUAAAAUACUUACUAAAUCAAAUUAUGAAGUUGGCCCAUAUUUUUCGAGCUUAGCUCUUAUGGGAAUCAGUAUUUUGGGUAAUUUAGUUUAAAUAAUAGCCAUAGUAUAGUUUUUAUUGUUGUUUUAUAAGCUUGCUCCCUGUAUAUGAAUUGAGUUUCAGUCCUGCAAAUGUGUCCAUCAAACAUUGGAUAAUUUAUUUUAAUAAAUAAUUACUAUAUGGAAUAUAUUUCUUGAUAAAUUCAGCAAUCUAUUUUUUCCUAAGCGAAGGUUUUAGGGACUUUUCAUAUUUCUGUACAUUAUUUUUCAUAUUUUCCCAUAUGAUAAAGUAAAUAUCUCUUCUUUUGAAAGUACUGUUUAUCUUUCUUAAAUUAUUCAUAGAAAUGUUAGAUUUAUACUGGAGACCCUCUGAUGACAUAAGUUGUGAGGAAGAUAUGACUAAAGCAUUUUAGGUUUACCAUCUGACUUCUGUGUUUGAAAUCGAGUGUUAAUAGUUAUCAGCUUGGAAUUGGUUUCCUGAAUCUGGACCAAUGUAUUCCAUUCUGUGUCAUGUUUAGGAGCUGUUUAUGUCCUGUGUCUUACUGUGUAAUGACUUAGGAGAAUCAUAAUGAAAUACAUCUUCAUUUAAGUUUAAGAAAGCAUAGAUGAAAAAUACUGAGUUCCUUUAUGCUUUAUCACCAUUUCAAGAAUCUCAUGGGAUUGUUAUUGUGCCAUAUGAGUGAUGCUAUGCUUAUGAUUAAUAUUUUUUGUAAUUACUGAUAAUCAAAAGUAUUUUUCUUAGUCUUUUGAUUUUGCUGGCAACACUGUAAUUUUGAUUUUGCUGGCAACACUGUGUAACCAUGCCUUAAAAAGUUGUAAUACCAUUUUAUUUAGAUCUGCCAUACUCUGCAUGUUUAUGUAGAUAAAGCACUGUGCUGUAAAUAGAUAUAGUUUGAAAUGUUUGUGAGAUGUUGGGAUUGAAGAUGUUAGAUUUUAGUGUGGGACUGAGACAGAAGUGGAAAAAUAAUUUAGCCAUGAGGUGCUUUUUAUUGCACAUUGGAAGUACAAAAGUUUAUUGAAUAAUGUGCAAUACUUAUGUUAAUUACUUUUUGACAGUAAAAACUAGUUUAUUAAAUAUAAUCCUUUGAAUUUAAGUUUUGCAUGCUGUUUUACCAGAUAUGUUGCCAUCAUGGAGCCUUAAGACCUAUGUGGAACAGGGAUUAGUGGAAUGAAGCAUAUCAAUUUAAAUGUUUAUGAUUAUAAAUGCAGCAUAUAUAUUUGUAUAUAUUUUUAAUAUUGCAUCAGAUACCCUAAUACAGUAGACAGUUUUUACCAGAUAUCUUUUACUUUGUUUUGUCUGUAGUAGAGAAAAUGAAAGUAAGAAAAUUCAAUGUUCAAAUUAGCUGGGAUAUUUUGUAAGUUUUGAGAGGAUGAGGCUAGGUUAAUUAGUCAUUUUUUAAAGAAUGUAGGAUUAAAUUCAGGGAGAAAUUUUGUUCAUUGUGAUAAUUACAACACAACACUAUGAUUUUAACCAUGGGAGUUUGAGAAUUAAGAUGCCUCUGAGUAGGUAGAAGAGUGUAAGUGUACACAAGUAAUUUUGUAGUCCUCUGUUGACUGCAAUUGUUUGUCUGGCUUGUGAAAGUUGCAGUGACCUUUAAUUCAGUGAUGUGACGUAAUGUUUAAGGGCAGUUUAGAAUAACUUGCUCGGUUAUCUGUUGGUUAACUUAGUAGUUUUGGUUACAAACUUAGUGCAGUUGUUAGCUAGUGCAAUUCUGGUUGACUGCUGUGAGACAAAAUAGUAUAUUAUAAAUGAUUUCAUGACAAUGACACAUGUAUUUUGAUUAAUUGGGUAAGUUUAGUACAUGAAUUAUUUAUCUUAAUUAUUGAAUAUAGAUGUAGUUGUUUAAUACUUUUAGGUUUCAUCAUAUUCCAAUUUCAGAUAUACUUUAAAGUAAGGAUUCUUGAAGUUAGUUGAUCCAUGUAAAUAUCAUCCUAACUCACUCAUAUAAUUUUUGUUUUUAAACAAGACCAAAAUCAUUAUACUGGGUAUUCCUACAAUUUUUUUUUUUUGUUCAUUUACCUGCUAAAAGUUGAGAAUAUAAAUUUUUCAGAUUUAACCUUCCAGAGGGUGAAAAGGUUAUUAAUGAAUGCUAGAAACAAUCAAGGAGAGGGAAUUUAGCUACUGCUUUUAUCACUUAGUUGUUCCAUUCCUAUGAUGGUUUUUAUACAAAGUAAUCUUUUGUUAUGGUUUCAACUUUUUAGAUUUCAAUUAUCUUUGAGAAUUGAUAUCUGAAAGAAAUUGUCAGAAUCUCCAUUUUUGGUCAGCCCAGUUGUAAAUUCUUAGGGGGAUACAAACCAUUGCUAUUCAUGUGGAGAAUCUUUGGCAUGAAUGUGUGAACCAGCCGUGAACUUGGAACCAAAGGUAUGUCUCAGAGAUAAGGGGUGUCAGUGUUGGGGAAUAACUCCAGUCUACUCGCACCAUCCAGUCACUUGUUUUUGGCCAGCAAAGAGAGUGAACUUACCACUCUUCUAUCAUUUAAUUGCAGUGUUUUUAAUGUUUUGAGUGUUUCUUUGUUUCCUUGUUUAUUUGAUGUACUUGUUUAUUUUGAUGUAGAUGAAACAUGAGCAACACUUAUGUUGGGGACUUGAUUGACCAUGUAGUCCCUCCCUGUCUCUCACCUUGGGAGACCCACAUGAGCAUCGUUCAUAUUGUAGGGGAAAAACAUGGUCUUCUCCUUGUGAGGAAUGUGCUGUUGAUCUCCUUAGUGGGAAGUUUGGAAAAUGGGGAAGGAUAAGAAACUUUUGCCAACUUUGUAGGGGGAGGGGUGUGUACCCACUGAAAAUGGUCCUGGAUUUUUCUAGGUCUUUGCUUCCACCAUUUUCCACUCCUUUACCAUUUCCAAAAAGUUUCCUUACCAAGGAAGGAUAAUUCUGCUCCAGAGUGACUUGUUAAUACAAUUUCCUGCAGGGACUGCCAUAGCAAGUAUUUCUCCUGCAACUCCUUUAUUCCCUGAGAGUAAUGAUGACGAUGUUCCUAGAACAAAUAAAGGCGCCAAAACUUGAUUACUUUACAAAUGUCAAACUUGUGCUGAAUAUUCCAGGUAGCACAUCAUUAAUGUCUUCUGAAUGACACUACAAUGGAGGAAAAGUAUCUAU